AUUGAAAACUUCAGAACAAUGUGAUCAUUGUGUUUUAUUCUUAAUGGCUCAUGGACAGUAUGCGAGAAAAAUGAGUUUCCACACAUGGCAGCAGUUGGAUGGAUUCAAGAUAGAAAUAGUGCAAUUGAAUAUUCAUGUGCUGGUUCAUUGAUUUCUGACCAAUGGGUUCUAACUUCUGCUCAUUGUACUCAUACUGAUACGGGAUUUCCGAAGGUUGUUAAAUUAGGAACCCAUAAUCUAAGCAACGAUUCCGGAGAAAUUAUCAGUAUUGUGAACAUAAUCAUUAAUCCAGAAUUCAAUCAACCACGCCUGUAUCAUGACAUUGCUUUGUUGAAAUUGGAACGUGCUGUAGAAUUUAAGAAUAAUGUGAAACCAGCUUGUUUGUACAGAAAAUUUGAAACAGCACCCGAUGUUGUUUGGGCCACUGGAUGGGGUUCCAGAAGAAACGGUAGAUUUGCUUUUGUUAUUAUGUGA